AUGGCAGCUCCGCGACCGAUGUAUCAUCAAGACUACAUAGCGCGCAUUCGCUAUUCCAACGCUCUGCCUCCUCCGCCAAUCCCUCCGAAGCUCCUCGACAUUCCUAACACCGGUCUCUCAAGUGGACAGUACACAUCCGCGGGAUUCGCGUCGCGCUUAGCUCGCGAGCAACCGCUGAACAUAGAAGCCGAUGCGGAGCUCGGCAUGCCCAUAGACCUUGUGGGCAUGCCAGGAGUCUUCGAGGGAGAUGAAAGCGUCAUCCACGGCGCGAUCGACCCGCCCCCAGCCCACCCCAACGACCGCCCUCUCCUACGCCCCCUCUCCAUGCUCGGCAAAUCCUCCGCGCUCAACACGGGCGUCAGUUUCCUGCGUCGAACCGAAUACAUCACCUCCGCCGCCGUAAGCGGCAGCCCCAACACGAAAGGUCUCCUAUCGCAACGCCCCAAGCCCGCCAAGCGACCGCGAACCGAAGGCCCAGCCGACAGCGCCGACCCGAUGCAGAUGCUCAGGGGUAUCAUGAAGGGCUUCGACCUGGCCUACCCCCGCGACGCCUGGCAAGCACCCGACUCCACAGACGGGCUCCGUGGCGCGGAAAUCAGCCCCGAGGAGCGCGCGGCGUGGAACCAUCCCCGGCAUCCCAGCAAGUCCGACGUCCAGCUCCUCGAUGCCUAUCCUGUCCUGCCUGACCCGGACGCGCUGCCGCUGUCCGGCGGGUACAUGGUAUGCAAGUUCAUCUCGAACCCUGGGAUGAACAACGACGCGUAUGACGGCCGGUUGGACGUUGCCGUGUUACGGGCUGCGGAUCCGGGCGAGAUGGCCAUUCCCAGUGACCCUACGGCCGCGGCGGCGCAGCAGGCGUUCUACAACUACCACUUCUUCCUCCCGGACCAGACGACGCCGGUGCGCAACAUCAAGCGCAAGUUCAGCGUCGUGGACCCCGAGAACGAGGACGACGCGCUGUACGGCGGCCGCGAGGAUGCGGAUGAGGAGGCAGCGCAGGGUAGCUUCAAGUACAGAUACGUCCGCACGUACGAGACAUAUCAACAGACGAUACACGAGGACGACGAGCACGGGGACACCGUCGUAAUGGCCCUGCAUGAUCCGGAGCUGGACGUGGGAGUUGUACCAGGCACGACGCAGCGGCUGCAGAAGGCGGCGUACUACUACCCCGUUGUGCAGAAGACGUUUGUGCGGCCGAGGAGGAAGCCGAAGCAUGCGAUGAUGAUGCAGGAGGAGGAAGAGGGCAAGGUCGACCUGCUGGAGGUGAGGGUGAGGGAUCCGGAUGAAGAGGAGAGGGUGGAUAUGGUGGAGAAGAGGACGAGGAUCUAUGGGGGACCUGUGGAGAAGAGGGUUGAGGCGUAG